CUUACUUCGAACUCGUUCGAACUACCACCAUGGCGGCGGAAUCCAGAACGACAACAUGACCCCGUGAAAGACUGGCAGAACGUUUAGCUACAAUGAACAAACCAUCAGUGGAUCAUGUCAGGGCUGUAAUUAAUGCUCUGUACGAUGAAUCCAAUCCUACUGGAAAAGAGAAAGCUUCGGAAUGGCUUCAAGAACUUCAGCGAUCAGUAAGCAUACAUGCAAAGUUUGAGAUCUGAUCUUUAAGCUUUGAUACUUUAGAUCAAAACUUUCGGAGUUUCUUUGUAAGGUUUCCCUUUUCAUUAAUAUAAUAUCAUUAGCUAAAAUAUAUUUUUAGGGUCUGAGUGCAUCCUCUUCAAGCUAUGGCUUUAAUUAGUGAUAUUUGUUAUAUAUUUCUACUGCUCUUCAAUUUUGCGUGGGCCUAAAAUCUCACUCAAAGCUCGUCACGGCCGGCCGCAAACUUGUUUUUGCCAUUUUCCGGCAUCUGAGUCAUCGAAAUGUUAUGUUGCCUAUAAGCUUAUUUAUUCAUUACUUGUGUUGCAAAAAUACAACCGGGUCUUUCUGAGCAAGAAUUCCAAACUUUCGUGACACAAUGUUCAACAGUAUGGGAUAUUUGUUUGUUUGAGCACUGAAUUGUAUUUUGAACUGCGGAUAAAGAUAUGAAAGUGAACGUGAUCUCCGCAGUAGAAUGAACAACCUAAGCCAUUGAAAUAGAACCUGAAAAAAUUCAGGCUUGACCGAGAAACGAACCCUGACCUUUGCAAUUUGACUGGACGCAACACUCUAUCUGGUAACAGAUAAUGUUGAUAAAAAGUUGUUUCGAUACAAGUCCUUUCGAUACGAAUUCAAGCAAUGAAAUUGCACAAAAAUUGUGAUCACUUUGUGGAGACAGCGUGGCUGAGUGGUCAGCGUGUCAGACUCGUAAUCCGGCAGUCCUGGGCUCAAGUCCCUCUCUGGCUAUUUACUGGAUUUGUUCUCCAUUGUUCCGAGUUUAAAUCAUUGGCCUCACUUGUAAAUAGCCAGCUGGUCGCCUCAUGCCAGGUGGGGUUCUUAAUCCUGUUGUGUUUUAUUUGAAUAAUUUGUUUCUAAGUGUUUGAGUGGAGUGACUGUAAACUAGCUGGAUAAGCUAAGUGCACUUUCCAGUAUGAACAAACCUUCAUUAUUAUUUUUUUUUUCUAUUAUUAAGUAUAUAGUGUAUUUACAACUCGACUUAAUAAACUUGCUUUGAAACAACUUGUAUCAAAACGACUUUGCGUCGAAACAACUGGUAACCCUCUAUCUGUUGACCUAAUCGAGCGAACUGGAGAACAAGUAAAUUGUGAGUUCGUAAUAUAUCCGAUGGUGAAAAUGACACGAAAAAUACCGUAAAAUUCCGAGAAAUAAGCCCCUCCAUGUAUAAGGCCCUCCAAAUAUAAGCCCCCUAAACCGGUAACGCAAAAAACCCUCUGUUUAAUCACCCCUCCAAAUAUAAGCCCCCUUGGGGCUUGUACUUGGAAAAUUGCCCUCAAAUACAAAGUAAAGCAAAGCAAAAACAGUCAAUUUAUUUCCAACUAUAAGGCUAGCCCAAUCAUUUUUUUGAAGUGCAAAUUUCCCUCCGUAGAUAAGCCCCUCCAAAAUCAAGCCCCUCAAAAAGGGCCUUUGAAAAAUAUAAGCCCCGGGGCUUAUUUUCAGAAUUUUAUGGUAUAUGAAAUGAAUCAAGUUUUGAACUGCAGAGAAAGGCAUGAAGGUGAAUGUGAUGUUCACAGCCAUGUCAAUAGGUUUUUAUUUCCAUUUCUGUAUUUUUUUAUGUGUCCAGGAAAAAUGAAGGAACUAUAACAUUGUCAUUUCAUUGCAGGUGUAUGCUUGGGAAAUUGCAGACCAUCUUUUGAGGUUGAAUGUUAGUGUGGAAACAAGCUACUUUGCAGCACAGACCAUGCGAACAAAGGUAAAUAGCAACAAUUGUUUUAUAUCAUCAAACAGUAUACAUUAGAUAAUAAUUUAGUUUAAAACAAUAUAUACCGCACAGUGACAUUAAGACAGAACAAGGUAUUAAUAUUAUUAUUGUGAUAUCUUUAUUGUGUGUAUGUUUGUUUGUGUGUUUGUUCUUUUUGUCUUUGUAAUACUUUUAUCCUUAGUGCAUAAUCGAUGAGGACAUAACAUGAUAACUGGUUUGGGUACUUAUUAUAUCAAUAUAAGCAGUUUUGCUAUCAAUAAUCUACAUUGAAGCUUUCUUUUACAAGCAUCCAUUUAUACUUUAAAAUGUAUAAAAACUAAUAUAUUUUAUAUGGCUGUUCACACAAGAACAACUUUUAUCUGUUUUCUAACUAACUAUCUAAUAAAGACCAUUUAUGGAGAUAUUUGUGUUUAAAUCAUUCAUAUGAGAAUGAGGCCCCAGAUUGCAAUUUGCAUUUUAUACAUUUUUUUAAUUAUUGUUCAGCAGUUGCUCAAGCUUCUUACAGGGCUACCCUGAUUGAAAUAAACAAGGGUCUCUCUCACUAACAAAAAUAGUACUAACAGACUGUAGUAUUGUAGACAAAGCCUAAAGAUUAUUCCACAUUGCUUGUAGGUUCAGUAUCACUUUCACGAACUUCAACCAACACAGUAUCAAGUAAGUGUCAUUCUCUCUAUUUACUUUUUUAACCAGAAUUCUCAGUGUUUCUUCUACCAAGCAUACUGAUGCAAUGAAUAUCCCUGGUUAAGCAGGCUACGGGGGAGAGUGGGCAUAGAGCUGAAACGUACAAUCUAGAUGCCCCAAAGUUCAAGCUCUGCAUUAACCACUUGCUGGAUGUGUUAUGUGCAUUGGCCAUGAGUUCCAUACAUACUUUAUUGUUACCUCCCCAGUGGGGCUUUUCAUGAGUUAAACUACAUGCACUCAUCCAUGCAAGCUUACACUUGUAAAUAUUAUUUUUAAUAGCUACAGGGCGGAACUGGUUUUCAGUUUGCCUCUGUCUGGCUAAACAGGCAAGGUUGCCAGGUGGGUGUAUAGCUGGACUUGCAAUCUAGGGGCCCAGACUUUCAACCUCUGCAUUAACCACUUGCUGGAUUUGUUCUUGGCAGUCUUGAGUUCAAUAUAUUACAGUGUACUCAGCCGUGCUUGUAUUUAAGAAAUAAAUAUUAAUAGCUAACUGGUUUACCUCUGACCAGUUAAGAUUCUUAAAUUUUAUUUUUGUUUCAAUAUUAUUUGCCUUUGUCCUUACAUGUAUUUUGUGGGCCACAAUAUACAUAUGAUGUAAGUACGGAGGUUCUGCUAUAUAUCAUUUAAUUUGAACACCUAUGUGGGGCUCUUUUUUGCAGUGAUUGAGGAUGUCAAAUUAAUAAUGCAUGUAGUGCUUUAUACUCACUUAUUCUCUUUUGCAGUCACUAAGGGAUUCGCUUCUUGAUCAUCUGUUCACCCUCCAUGGAGCCUCUCAUGCAAUUGUCACCCAGGUACAUGUACACAAGACUUGCCAGCACAGGCUUUUAUUUAUGUUUUUGUUAUAAGUUAUACAUGUAAAAAGAAAAGCAGAGGUACAAAAUGGUGCUUAUUCGCAUUAUGGUGUACACUUAGUAUAUAUAGUGCUUUCAUAAACAUAUGCUAAUAAUGCAUCGAUUACGUACCUACAUUUGUACAAAUGCAAAAGAACAGGCAUAUCAACCCAGAGGAGUAUAAUGUAGGAGUAUGUGUAAAUUGUAGAAUUAGCGUGGUUGUAGUAAGCUCAAGAGUCACUCACUUCCACUCCCACCCACCUCGAUCUGAAGCAAGUGACCCCCCGGAUGUCUGAGAGGAUGGCUAGUGCUUGAAAACUCUUGUCUGGUUAACUCAUUCACACCAGAACCGCCCACCCGUGCAGAUCCACAUCCUCUGUACUGCUUGUGACAUCAAUGUCAAAGGCAAUAGGCCACUGCCGAAUUCCAAAAACUCUCACUUUCAAAAUGAGGCCAAGUGCACAACCUUUCUUGUGAAAAUGAGUUUUAUUUGCAUGAGAAUGAAAAAUCAUUUGCAUAUCAAAGGCUGAGCACUUAACCUCGUUUUGAUACAGGGGCUUGGAGGAACUCGGAAAUGGCCCAUUGACAACUUUGACACCAAACCAUUAUUAUGGUUUUUUUGUAUAUAUUAACUUAGAACUGUUUCUUAACAGCUGUGUCUAACUCUUGCCGAUCUUGCUGUUCAAAUGCCACAGUGGAAAGAAGUAGUCAAUGACCUUUCUCAGAGGUAUAAUAAUAAUUAAUUAAUUUGCACUAUUUUGAGUAAUUUAUCUGAGACACAGUUGCAAUUCUUUUUCUUAACCUUUUUAUAGUGGCAACCAUAAAAUAUUAAUGGUUCCAUUGCAUUUCUUAAGUGCUUUUUAACCCAUUCGCUCCUGGAGAUUUUGCCGAAAAACGCGUUUUGAAGCUAGUCGAGUGGUUUUCUUGUCACUGUCGUGCUAUAAAGAGCUAAAACUUACCACAAACCGGUUUACAGGUGGUACACUUGGCGGCCUUCUGAUCCAGAUGCAAAAUAUCAGCUUGCGAAGUUCGGGCAUGCGCAGAAAGCAAAAUUUCGAGAUAGUUUUUGGGUUUAAAAGUGACACAGCAGUCUUGACUUUUACUUUUUGCUUUCUCUCCUCCCUCCUUUUUUCGCUUUUCUUGCCUCAUUUUUUUUUUCUCUUGCUGGGCAUUUAGUAGGCUUCAUUUUGGUGGGAAGAGUUUUUAGGAAAGCUUUUAGGAUCUUAGGAUUAGGUGAAAGGAAAGGCAGGUGGGUAAUGUACAUGUAAGUCACAGAAGACAAUACAGUGCACAAGAAUUCCAGGUUUCAGUCUAAAUUGUAAGCUAAUGGAAGCUACAAAUUAAUAUUGCAUACCUUUUUCCUUUUAACACAAAUAUGAAUAAAAUACUAAAAGUAUAAAAUUAAUAUUCCACGUGGUUUCUUUUACAGGUUUGGUACAACAGUAGAAAGAUUCCCAGUUCUUCUGGAAAUUCUGACAGUUCUUCCUGAAGAGGUAUUUUGUCGCUUAUUUUGUCUUAGUUUGUGUCAGCAGUUUAACUUACAGAAAAUAAAAUUGAAAAUAACUCCAUGUCUUUUGUGCUUUGUAAGGUGGGGAGUCAUCAUCUUCGAGUGGGUGCAAACAGAAGGGACGACGUGUGCACUGAACUUCGUGCUUCAGCUACAACAGUUCUUAAUCUUCUUGUAAGUUCAAUUGUUAUUUACAUAUGUAGAGCAUACAGUAUGUUUUGCUGGUAAAAAUCACAGUCUCAUAUGCAAUUGUUGUGGAGUUUGUUUUUACCUCUAAUUCCUACAAAAAAGUGACCAGAACUUUUCUUUGUUCUUUCCUUUUGUAUUAAAGAAAUAAGAGAACAAAAAGUGAUUCAUUUUUAUGCACCAUUUGCCCAACAGGGGAAAGAAAUGAAAUUAAUGCUUACGGUUCUUGCUAGAUUUAGUCUUACAUGUCAGUCACUCGAUAAUUUUUUUGUCUAAAUAUAUGUAUGGGAUUCGAACAUUGUUGGCAUAAAGCUAAUGUACAGGCGGCUAGUGUAUCGAGCUAUCAUAGCAGUGUACUCUUGCAUUAGCAUAUAAUAUUGAUAAUUAUCAUAGUGAGAAUCAUCAUGUACAUUCCUUUAGUCCUUUAAUUUAAGCUUGAUAAUUACAAACUAUACUAAUGGAUUUAUAACAAACCAAUUCAACAACCUGCUCCCAGUUGGCUUGUUAGCUUAAUUGGUAGAGCGCUGCACCAGUAUCGCAGAGGUCAAGGGUUCAAAUCCCGUACAAGCCUGGAUUUGUUCAGGCUUUCUUUUCGCAACUGCAAAAGUUGAGUCUAUAACUGCGAUGUUCUUCUUUCAUAUAAACUAAUAUUGUUGAUAUGGUACAUUGUGUAUGAUACAGGCUGCUUGUGUUGGUCAAUUUCAAAAUGAUGCAAAUAUCAAAGUAAAGGUCAGUAAAGUGUUUCUUAUAUCAACCUCUGGUACAUGACUGUGUACAGUGUAAUAAUAAGAUUUACAGUGUUAUGGUUUUUGAGUUUAAAAUGCCACUUUUCUGUCAUAUGCAAGUAUCCCUUUCGUAGGCUUGAAAAAGGUUUUUUGGACUUCUACUUUUUUACAAGUUUUUCAAGCUGUCAGUGUGCUGCUUGUGCUUAUGUCCCGCCCAUUUAUGUGUACCUAUAUUUUGCUUUAUGGUUUAAUAUCAAUGUACAUGUAAGCUUCUCAAUUGACCUCAGUUGGGCACUUGCUAUUGCUUCAGUUUCUUGAGACUUAACAGCAAAACAAACCAUACCCUACAGAACUGUCAAUGUAUAAAAAACAAGCAACACAAGUUGUUUUAUUGUUAUUAGAUGUUUCGCUGUGCUGCCAGUUGGGUGACUCUAAGUGCAUUUCCUCCUGCUGAGUUUGCACAGACUGAACUGCUUCAGACCACCUUUAGAACUCUGGUGAGUAAUAAUCAGCAUGCUGUACUGCGUGCAAGCAAAACCAAACCACAUACAGCUAUUUCAAGAAAGGUUGUUGGAAAAAGUGUAUGCAACAAUCCUGAAAGGUAUUGUAGAUGGUUUUGAGUUCUCUGUUCUUCAAAGAAAUUUGAAAGAAUGGCAUGAGAGGCCAUGGACAUAUGUUUGCGAGUGCGAAAGGAAAGCAACAAAAGUAGGUUCGACAGCUAUAGUUUCAGGAACAGUGUGUUGAUAAUAUCCCAUAUUACCUUUUGGAUUGUCGCGUGCACAUUUUUUUUGACAACCUCUCUUGAAAUAGCUGUAUACUGAUAAUAAAUGGAGUUUCCAACCAUGGUUGUCAAAUUCCUCUUUGCAUGGAACAAACCUAUUGUUUAUUUUUUGUGGAUACACCGAUACAGUGUAAGGGGGCAGAUUGUUGCACUUACAGUUGAGUUUGAAUUUCACUAGUCUCACAUAAGUCACCUUCCAUUUUAUUAACACAGAUGAAGCCCUAUUUAAAAACAAGAAAAUAGCUAAUGCCUACCAAUACAGGGAACCCAAUGUAGAAGUUAACCUAUUGAUAGGCAGUUCAGUUCACAUUUUGAUUUUCUUUCUUUUUUCUCCGUCUUUUUCACUUUCUUUAAAAAAAAUCCCAUAAAGUAGCAGUACCUUUUUAUGUUUUUCAGUAAAUGUUUAUGUACACUUUACAAUAUAAACUUGUACAUCCUUCUUUCUUUGUUCUUUUGACAUUUCUAAACGCAUCAAUUAUAGCCUGUGUACAGCCACCCCUCCUCUAAUGAAAGGGCAGCUAUACACAGGCUAACCAACAUUUAUACAUUUUAAAAUACUGCAACAUAUCAAAAACUCCGGGGAGGGGUUAAAACAACCCCCCCUCCCCACUUGUACCACAAUGGGGUAUGAUUUAGGGUGUAUGUCCAAGGGUUAAAGGCCAAUAAAGUAGUGAACAAUCUUUUUUGAAUUACUAUUUGUUUCAGCAUGAAGCUGACUCCAGUGAUAUGUUACAUGAGGUAGCUGCAGAUUUUGUUUGCAAUGCUCUUUUUACUUCAGAGGUAAGUGUGUGUGCAUGUGUCUUAAUGGUCCCCAAUUACAACAAAGAAAUAAACUUUGUUUGAAGUUAGUUUGAAUUUUUUCAUACUAAUAUUAAUUUCUUGUAAUUUCGUAUCAUAAGACUUGGUUAUGUAUGAGUCUAAGACAAAUAACAAAAGAAAUUUCAACUGCUUUCCUCCCUCAAAAGAGAAAUAUCCAAUGUACAUGUAUAGCUGUACAGUCCAUUUCAUUAUUUAAUCGUUGGCAAGUACAAUAAUGCGCACUGCAUAAAGGGAUUGUUGUUAAGGUAAAGGAUAUUAAUUCCAUCCUUUUUUAGGAAAAUGCUUUACUCUUUGCUUAAAGUUUUUAUAAUGGAAGUGCUUUUAGCUGCUCUUAAUAGCUCUUAAGUGAUCUCAGACAAAUAGUACAAACAUAACAUAACAGGUUUGAAAACCUCUACUGGCAGGAGGCAACCAAUUGGCUAUUUUACAAGGGUGACUCAGAAUUUUGAGUCAGGAAAACUGAAAGACAAAUCCAGCUAGGAACCAGAGUGUUACAUGAACCUGGGACACCCAAGACCGAAUGAAAGCAAAUUACAAGUCCAACGAGCUCAAUUCUACAGGACGCUGCUCCUUUGCUUAUGUGUUUUAAUCUUUUUUUUUUUUUCUUUUUUGCUCAGAACCUUGACAAGCAGCAACCACUAGCUGAAGGUCUGUUUAAAUAUGUUAUGAUGCUGCCACCAGCUUAUGAGAAAGCUGUCAACAGUGAGGACUUUGAUAGGUAACUGGUUUAUUGGCCCCUUGUUUAAUUAAAUAAUAUAUUAGAGGCUCCGACAACUAAGGUGAUAAAACUGAAACAGAACACAACAUGAAGUCUUUUUUAUUCCCACAUUUUGCAGAGAAGCGAUGCCGCUAACAGUGCCGGAUCCAGACCUUGAAAUAAUGGGAGCAGGGGAGGGGGGGCAGGGGCUGGUCAUCCAGGGCCUCAGUUUGCUCUAAAAAUAAGGGGGGUGGCCCCCCCCCCUGGAUCUGCCACUGGCUAAUGUCUCUGAGCUCAACUAGCUAAUGUUGGUGGGGAUUUUUGCAAAAUGAAAAUAUUUCCUUCUAUGUUUUCUGAGGCUCCAAGAACCCUUAAAUGAUAAGUUAUGUUUUUGGAAUUUGUAAUAAUUUUUGGUUUUACUUCUUUUCUGUUGACAGAGCUCUUAACCUGUGUAGAAUUUUCACUGAAAUGGGAGAAUCCUAUUUACAUGUGAUGGUAGAAUCACCUGGAAAGGUAAAUGAUCCUUUGUUGUUUCUUCAUCUUGUUAUUAUUAAUUCACAUGUUCUUCACUUUGCUUUAUCUUGAUCAUAUAGAGAAAUGGAAUUGUCUAGUUUGUUUCUAGCAUGUAUUCAUGCAUUUACUUAAUGCACAAUAGUCAUGAGUAGCAUUCACAUUUAGUUUGUUCAGAGAAUUGUUGAUUCUUUUUUGGAAAAGGUGGACAAGAGAUGUUUUUCUUUAGUCAUUGAUCUUAUGAUUAAAACUCUUCUUUGCACUAUAGGGCCUGGGAGACUUGAGAACACUCACCAUCCUUCUUACUUGUGUCAAACACCAUCAGUAUGAGGUAAUGAUAAUAAAUUAGUAAAAUAAAUCGAAAAAGGUUCGAGUUAUCAGGAGUUCAAAGCAAAUAAUGACAGAUUGUGCAAGACCCAUAGGGUUGCAGUACAUGAUACAUUGCACGAAAAAAUGGAGAUGAGAUCUGUUGACCGAGUGAAGCAAUAAAGGCAAAGCAUUGUUAUAUUGAGGUGACAUUUAUGAAGUGCAACUGGAAAUAAGGAAAUAAGAAAAUGGAUGUGGAGGGAAUGCAAGUAUCAUGCACACUUCACUUCAAAGACAGCAAAAAAUAAAGAUUGAUAUUUUGAACAAGUAAUUAAGCAACAAAGCUUGAUUACUAUAUAGUGAUGGACACUGAAUUUGAACUGCAGUGACAAAAAAAAGGAAAGACAAAGAACUGACAUGAUUGUUUUGAAAUGAAUUCAAUGUUUUGGACUUCAGUACAUUGUUUUUUUUUCCAACUUGCCAUGCGCUUAAAGCAUGGUUUGAGUUAUCAAGGGUAAAAUUAUAUUGAAAUGAUCUCAAGGGAAACAAAAAUUACUUUGAGUUAAGGAUAGGUUUGAGAUAUCGAGGGUUUGAGUUACUGAGGGUAAAAUUUCAGUGAAUGUAUGAAGGAAAUCCAAGGGAAAGCGACUUUGGUUUGAGCUAGCGCAAAGUUCGAGUUUAUAGAGAGGAUUUGAGUUAUUGGGAGUCAACUGCAUUAUCAUUUUAAAAAUGUGUUUUUCAAGAAAUGAGCCAUAUCAGGAUCCUCAACUCCAUGGAAGGCUACUGACCCCCCCCCCUCUCUACCCCCCAUCCUGCACCAUAUCUUGAAAAAAAAUUCAGUUUAACUUCAUAUUUUACCUUUUAAAACUUUGCCAUUACUUCAAAGACUUGUAAAUGUUAUGGCCUGUUGUUUUUAAGGUUGCGGAGGUAACCUUCAAUUUCUGGUAUCGCUUGUCAGAAGCUCUUUUCAAGGCACGGAAUGACGCCAAGACAGCUAUUUUUAGACAGUACUUUCAGACUCUUAUUGAAGCUCUCUGUGUCCACUGUCGACUGGAUAGUGAUGCUGUAAGUUCAAGCUUGUACACAUUUGUACUUAUCUCUAACAUGGUACGCACAUGUCCAAGAUUACUUGGACAAAGAUCUGUAAGUUUGUUUCAAAGUCAGAUGCUCUGUAGCAUACUUUUAACUCAAGUAGUAUAAAAACAAACAAAAAGGCAAACAGCUUUCUAGAGAUAAAACAUUUUUUUAAAAGCUUUGUCAUUGGGGUGAGAAAACAUAAUAUGCUGAAAUGUUCAAAGUUUAUUUCCCCAAAAUGUAUUCUGUCCUCUAUGAAAGUUGGCAUUCCUGGCUAGACUGCCUGUUUUUUACUGUAAUGUAAAUGUACAUGUUUUAAAAAUAUAUAUUUUGUGCCAGGCAAAAACUCAUUAUGGCAAACUUAUAACAAAAUACCAUUAUUUAGAACCUUUUUUACUUAAAUUUCUGUUAUCACAUGAAUCUCUCUACAGCAAGGUAUCCCAGACGACAGUGAUGAGUUUGGAGAGUUUCGUCUCAGAGUUGCAGACCUCAUCAAUGAUUGUGUGUUUAUUAUAGGAUCAACCAACUGUUUCAGCCAGGUUUGCAUUUUUUUUUGAUAACAAUUACUUACAUAGUUCCUAUCCAAGUUCCUAUGAUAAACUUUUUUAAAUAUAGUUGUUUCCUACAGUGUAUUUUACUUAAAGUAUUGUAAUAUGAACCAUUAUUUUAAUGUUAAUUGUGAACGGUUUAAUAAGUUUAAUUCGGUUAAAAAUAACUUUUCUUACUAGAUGUACAAUAGCCUCGCCCAGCAAGGAGACAAAAUACCUUGGGAAAUAACGGAGGCCAUCUUGUUUGUGAUGUCAACAGUGGCAAGAAAUGUUUCAGAGUAAGUACCUGAAUACUUCUGAAAAUGUUUUGUAAAGUAUUCUUUGUGAAGGCCUGGAUGCCAGACAGGAGAAGGGAUGAAGAAAUCUAUUGUUUUGACAGCGAUACAGGUAACAACAACCACAGCAAAACAAUUUGUACUGAAGGUUACUUACAUUCACAUGUCACGCUGUUCUCAACUGCCUUCUUUUUUUUGUCUUUUUGCACGUCUAUACUAUCCUUGUUCAAACUUCAUGUCCUAUGUGAAAUUCUGGAAGGCCUACUGGCUGGCUGGAGUACUGGUGCUAUUCUGGCCUAUUAAGACAGACUUAUUCGGCCCUGAGAGAACACUUUGCAGUUGUUUAAAAUUGUACGCAAAUUAUAUACGCAGAGCGAUUUUUCGUAUGACCUUGAAAAAUGGUUUCGGUUAGUGUUCGCUAUUUGUUUUAUUAGCCAAUGGAUGAAAAGAUCAGAAGAUGGACUCUUCGUUUUCCCACCAAAGAAAACCCUAAUAUGGAAAGGGCAUUGUUCGAUUGGCCAAUCGUGUUGCAGUAUGACGUCAAAGCGAGCGUUCCUUUAACCAACCAAAAGCCACGCGCGUUUGUAUCCGUUCAAUAAACCAAUCAAAUCGCUCUAUUCUGUUCGUUUGUUGUUUCUGUUUUGUUCGCGCGUUUUAGUUUUAAGGUCUUACGAAAAUUGCUCUAUUUAACUGACGUUUCUUACAAAUUCAUUUACUAACUUGGACUAACGACCAGGCAAUUUUGCUUUCGUAGCGAGUCUGAGGUGGUUGGUCAUUUCUUGCCAAUGGUGUUAAAUCUCCCAUCAACCUGUCAUGUUGCUGUCAGACAUAGCAGCAUUAAACUUGUUGGUGAACUGGCAGAAUGGAUACAUGAACACCCACAAUACCUUGGUAUGUAAACCUUCUGUUACGUAUUACAGCCUCGUAUACGAUUUUUCUAAUCAGUAUAAAAUAGUCAGGUGCACGUUCUAGACCACCAGCAGUCUCUCUUUUUUCUUAGCAACGAAACGCGCGAGACACGAAAAUGGCCACACGCGUGACUGAAGGCGCGAGACGGGAGAGGCUGCCACCCCCAUUUUUUGCCUUUUUCGAUGCUCGCACUGGUGCACUAUCGUCACUAUUAAAAUCUGAAGAAAAGUGACACUACUUGUAGUGUAUUCACGGUCGACUUACAAUACAUGUAGGACGGUUUUUUAAACCAUUAUUCUGUACACUUUAAACUCUUGCCAAAACAAAACACUUUUAAUUGUGAAAUAGGUUUUGAAUGCAGCCUGGCCCUUCCCUUAAUUCAUGAUCUGUGUUCUAUUUUGCAGAUCCUGUUCUUCGCUUUCUAUUAUCCAAUAUUCAAGAUCCCAAAAUAUCUUCAAUCACAGCCUUAGCCAUAUCGAGCAUCUGUAUGUCGUGUUACUCACAGAUGACAAAGUAUUUCGAUGUAUUAGCGCAGGUAACGAACAUCUCUAAAAAACAAGAGUUUGACCUUAUAGACCAUACCAUUCUUUUGAGUAAAUUACACUCUUGUAACUUACAACCUAGCCUUGUAAGGUGGAUUGCUGCUUUCCUCCAAGGUCGUUCACAGUCAGUUCGCAUAGGCUCCGAUUCUUCUAAUAUCCGCUCCCUUGGUAUUCCCCAAGGAACUAAACUGGGGCCUGUACUGUUCUCUGUUAUGGUCAACGACCUAGUGAGCACAUGGCCUAAGCGCGCAAAGUACGUGGAUGAUCUGACAAUUCUAGAAAUCAUCCCUACAAACUCUCCAUCAUAUUUGAAUUGUAGUGUGGAUGAUAUCCAGUGCUUUUCUCACCGCAACAACAUGCGCCUUAAUCCAGCUAAAUGCAAAGCCAUGACGAUUGACUUUCUUGAUUAUAGUAGUUGCACCUGGCGCCCCAUCUGUACAGGCGGAGUUGUUAUCGAGCGCGUCAAAUCCUUUAAACUUCUCCGAGUAUAUAUUUCGAGGAUUUGACUUGGGUGUUUACUGUGACUACAUAAUCAAAAAAGCCAAUCGUCGCCUCUAUGCACUUAAAACUCUAAAGAAGUGCGGCGUGCCGACAUCAGACCUAAUCACAGUAUAUUGCUCUCUUAUACGAUCAGUAAUUGAAUACGCCUCGGCUGUAUUCGCGAAUCUGCCAAAGUAUCUGUCUGAUGGGUUGGAGGGAAUUCAAAAGCGCCCCCUUAGGAUAAUUCUUCCGAAUUUACAUUAUGACGAGGCAUUGAUACUAAGUGGCCUGCCAUCUUUAGAAGACCGUAGGCCUGCCGCUUGCGAAUCAUUUAUGGGUAAUUUACAACCAUCCAACCCUGUGUUUGGCCUUGCCAUGAGUGGAAGGGUAACUACCGUUCACUUGUACUCUGAGUCGUUACGAAGCUGCCGGAACUAUAAUGACAAAAUGUGUAAGACAAAAAGAUUGUCAGAAUUUGUAUCUGUGAAAUAUUUAGAUUUUUUGUCAUAAGAUAAAUGUUUAUUAUGUGUAAUUUGCGCACGAUCCUGUUAUCCAGCUCCUAGCUGCUAUGGGUUCUGAAUAAACAACUCUACUCUACUCUACUCUAAAAAAAACGUAUCUUUUAUUCAUCGCUAGUUCAAGUGAAACAACAAGUAAAUGUACGUUGUUUUUUAUUUUCCCGUCCCUUCAGAAUUAGAAUUUAAAAAAGAAAUAAAGUGGAGAUAGCAGAGAAGGAAAAAAAAGGAAGAGAUGAAAACAAAACAAAACAACCACCGUGAAUUUCGAUUGGUCCAUUUUCGUUGACCUCAUGACGUGACUCGAAAGUCACGUUUUUUAAACCCCAGUCUGCGUUCGUUCCCAGUAUCCUGCCCGUUUUCCCCUUCUCUUUUACUAUAUGUAUAAAAUAUUUUGGUACAAUUAAUUGAAGAGUAUUCUGAACGCAAAGCUUGAUGACCAUUUAACAAACUAAGUCGUGUUAUUACGCAACCUGUUUUUAUUUUUUAUGUUCAAUUCUCUUCACUGUUCUUUAGGUAGUGGUUGCAGCAGAUUCUCUCUCCAUCUCGCAUGAAUCGUACAUUGGAUUUCUCAAAGGUAACUGUCUCUCAAAAAGUGUUAGAGAACAAUCAAUUAGUGUUGAGUGCUUCGGUCAUCGUCUUAACUCGACUAGGUCACCCAUAUUCAGGCGUCAAUUUAAUAAAACUAAAAUAAAGUGUAAUUUCCAAGUGUAGCUUUUGUUUUAGGGUCCGAAAACAAUGGCUACACUUGUAAAUUACACUUGUAAAAGUAAAUUGACCCCAAGUUGCAACUGUUGUCGGUUGGUCUUAGAAUAUGAAACUGAAAUGUCAAAGUCGUAACAGACGUACGUUUUAGACAGUUAUCUCUGUUAAUAAAGUGUCAAAGAAAAUGACUCAAAAAUCACAGGAAGAAUACCUGUAUUUUAGAGAGGUGUCUAUUUUAAAGGGUGUGUGGGGGUGCUUAGUCUGCGGACGCAGACGCACCUCCGGUCCUCGGAGAGAAACGACGACCGGAAAUAAGUCUGUGUCCGCAGGCUAGGAGGCGUUUGAAGAGGAAGGGAAACUGGAUUAAUUAAUGCGCGCGGGCGAGUACAUAACGGACGUCUUUCCCUCUUCCGCGCGCGCCUAUCGCGUUCUCGCGCGCUUUUAUUCCCCCUUUCCCCUUCGCUUCAAGUGCCUACCAUGCAGGCUUUCCAUCUUAUAAAAGAUCAAAGAAAAUGUCCCAAGUAUGACAGAACUCUACUCGACCGUUUUAGGGACAUGUCGGUCUUACAUGUCAAUUAUACCAAAGAGGUAACUAUAAACAGCUAAAGAAAUUUUAAUUGUAAUUGAAGGCUUGUGUACUAAUUUUCCUCGUUGUCAUUUGCUUCAGGCGUUUGUAAAGUACUUGAGGCAGUUGAAUCGACAGAGAAGCUCUCAGAAGGUUUACAGUAUAUAUGUGGAAUACACAUAGCAUCACUUAAACAGGUAAAUUGUUACAAAUUUGUACAUGACAGGAGUUCGAGCCUCCAGACAGCCUGCAUAGGAAAUCAUGUUCGUAUCCAUCAGGUAGUGCCUUUUUCUUUGUUCCCUGUAACGAUGAGUUAAGGUGGAUUUCUACUGUCGCGUAAUUUUAACGUGUGUAGGCGCACACGUUUUUCGCGCGUAAAUGAAAUAGAGGCAAUGUAUGAAGUGUCCUGCAUGACCGUAAAAUUUGAGCGAGGAUCAACUUGUACGUUUACGUGCGACCUUUGAUGCAUUGCCUCCAUUUAUAUUUACGCACGUUCGCACGUAAAAAUAACGCGACAGUGGAAAUCCCUCCGGCCUUAGAGGGAAAAAUACAGUAUAUCAGCAAAAAUUGUGUGUUUUUAACUCAGCAGAAAAGGAGCGAGGUCGCUUAGACUCUGAGGAUUACAGGAUGUGUAUUUUAAAUCCUUAUGCUUGGAAUUCAAAUGCUUUCUUUUCAUUUCAAUAACGUUGUUAGUGAUGCAAAGUCUUUUCCCUUGAAGAUUUUAUCAGCCCCUGGUAAUUCCUACCCAGACCCCACUCUGUGGCUUGACAGACUUGCAGCAACAUUCAGGUAAGAAUGGAAAUGGUAGUGCUUAGCGGUAGAGGAUCUGCACUAGUAACGUAAAGGUCAUAAGUUCGACUCUUUUCUAAGCUGCGUGUGCCACUAACUGAAAAAAUAUUUUUCUCAUGUUUUCAAGGCUCAAAAUUCACCAUCACAUCUCGAUCACUGCGUAUGAGGACAUAUCGAAAUUCUUGUCCGAGCACUGUGUGCAGGAUGUUUGUGGCGUUAGCUCCCACGAGUCUCAUGUAGCUUAGUGGUAGAGCAUCUGGACUGGUAACCUGAAGGUCUUAGAUUUAACCCGUAUCCGGAGUACUCGUAUUUUAUCAUCCGAGCCGGGAAACCGCCUUUCUCAUGCGAGCAAGCUCUCCGGGGCGCUGUGGCGGCGGGGCGGGCAAAGGAAGGAGAGCUUGGAACUACGUCUCUGGAAUUUGAAUUCCACCUCCAAUUCCCCUGUGGCUCCCCGUCGACUGAGCUGUCAGAUUUCUGCCAAUCAGUUUGAAGCGGAAACGAGCGCGAAUGUAAACAAACAUUGAAAAACACGUGCCAAGGGUAAUGACGUCAUUUCUAAUGUCAUCUCCGACAAUCAUCAUUUCUCUCUCUUUUUCCUGCCCCGCCCCCAGAGCGCCCCUUAAUUGAAUAACUUCUGGUUCCAGUCCCCAAAGAAGCAAGCUCCUAGACACUGAAAGCGUCGGCAAAACGGAAUAAAACAUGUCUUAACUUGAAACAAAAUAAACCCAUUCUCAUUGUGGAAUGUUAUUGAAAAUUAAAAGUGUUUGAAUUAUCUAGUUACUGGUUCAAUUUGUUGCAGAUAUUUAAAUCCUAAAGUAGACAAUGGUAAAGUUCAUCCAGCCGUUGUGGUCGUAGAGGAGGUAAGUUCCCAAAACAAAACAAAGUUUUAUUAUUUGUACUAUAAGAACUUUUCUAAGUGUCUAGAGAAAAGAGACGUUAAGAUUCUAAGACGACGACAACUACGAGUAGGAGAUUUUCUCAAGGCAAAGAAAGAAGGUGCUUGCUCAGUGACAUAGCAGUUCCAUCUGAAAGUAACACCUCAGCAAAAUUCACAGAGAAGUUUUCCAAGUACAAAGAUUUGGAUGUGGGAUAUGAGAACGGAAACAAUACCAGUGGUCGUUGGAGCCCUAGGUCUAAUUAAGAAUGGACUAGACAAGGUCACUAGUAGAAUCCCGGGUAGCAUUAGCACCAGUGAAAUCCAGAAAAUAAAAAUGCUUGGAACAGCCCACAUACUAAGGAAAAUACUGUCGCUGAAGCAACUUCUUCUCCUAUAACGCCCCAAGUCCACUGCUUGGACCCGGCUACAAUGGAUGGAAAGCGUGAAAACCUGACGAGAACAUAUUGAUGGUAAUAUUAAUAUUAAUAUUAAUAAUACUUGAUGUUUUAGGUUUGGCCUAUACUCUCCAAUAUUUGUGAUAAAUAUCGCGCUGACAUAAAGAUUAUUGAGAGAUGCUGCAGGUAUGAAACCUUGGUGUUCCAUUUACUUCCAUUUUGAAAUUUCCUCAUAACACCUCCUUAAUUAGUGUUACCCAGCCUCCCAGCCAGACGUUCUUUUGCCUCGUCACGCUUUCUUUCCCCACGAAGGAAUGCGUGACAAAGCUCUAAGAACGUCUGCGUUUGAGGCUAAUUGUAAUCCCCUUUUUCCUCUUAUGACAUGCAGAUGCAUACGAUUCGCUGUCCGCUGCCUUGGUAAAGCCGCUAUAAACCUGCUGUCUCCAUUGGUUUCACAGGUAAGGUGUUGUUCUUAGAAAUCAUACAACCCUGUGUCUUCAAAAAGUGAGGGCAUAUCAGUGUCCCACUUUCUGCAAGCAGAAAAGCAAUUUAGGCGCUAUUGCACUUCAAAGCUGUGGAACUAGAGAAAUUUGCUAGCUAGAUAUAUUACCAGGACACUGCUAAUCGAGAUUUUUUAAAGCUUUUUGGAAAGGUAGCUAGGAUAGCUCUAAUUGUUUAAAAACUAGAACUGGUUUAUUUUAGGAGCGUGAUCAGAGAAAGAAAAGGCAUAUGCUAAUGAGGCAAAAAUGUAAAAGAAGAUUCGUCUGUUUGGUCAGUAAGCAAUUGGUCAAAUCAACCAUAUCUUUGCGAAGGACGAGAUCCCUUAAGAUGUGUCAAAGUUUGCCGUUAUUGCCAGACAACGAAGAAUAAGAUUAACUUUAAUUUCCUUUUAUUCUCUAACUAGAUGGUCAGUAUUUACGGUACCAAUCCCCACUCGUGCUUUCUGUACCUGGGCAGUAUAUUGGUAGAUGAGUAUGGUGAGGAAGUCGGAUGUAUCUCUGGACUUGUUGAUAUGACUGUGGUAUGUAUAUUUCCGUGGUAUAACCGAUUAGCAAUAUAUAAAAGAUCUGUAGGCUGAGUAGUCUAAACAACAGAUGGUUGUGGUUGCAAAACGCUAGCUACUCGCAGAAACUGUUUCCAGUCGAUAGCGUGACUGGUUCUAUUGCGUCGUUUCUGACCCUGACCCCACCAUCCCUUUGUGUCCUUAAACUGGAGUCUUUGCUUAAUACUCUCUCUUUUCACCAUACCGGACAGCAGUUCUACUCCUGAUCGCGCCCGUCUUUGUCCAUGGAUUUCGCUAUGUCAUCGCUCUUCAGACAGUUGAUUGAGGUGUCAAUUUUUCCUUGUAACAAUAAGUUGUCCCUUGUACUUGUUUACCCUCUGAGAGAAAACUCGAAAUGUUGAAAAUUUUGAAAGUAGCUUUAUGAUCAUGUUCGUCUAAUCUCCUUCAUCCUUGGUUCCCACUGAAUUUCUUUCAGGCUUUUUGUGUACCAGCAUUUCAGUUGUUAAGUCAAGAGAAAGGAAUGAUUGAACAUCCAGACACCAUAGAUGAUUUGUUUAGACUUUGCAGCAGGUAAGAUAAGCUCGUGUUUUAGUUAUGAGUGCCAGGUUUUCGAGCUUCAGGGAAAUCUCCUUUCUUUCAAGUAUGUUUAAAUUCUUCACCCGGCCGAUAGGUUGGUUGUUCUACCGAUAUUAUCUUCAUUGACGAUUGAAGCGUCUUUACCAUCAUCAUCAUCGAUCGUCAUCAUCGUCAUCAUCGUCAUCAUCAUCAUCAUCAUCAUCAUCAUCAUCAUCAUCAUCAUCAUCAUCAUUGUUAUAGUUACUGACAUCGGCAGCGAAUUUUAAAAAAAGCCUUUCAGUUGAUCGAUAUAAGUUUUUGCAUCUUGCUUUUCCCUUCAGAUGUCUUCAGAAGUUUCCUGUUUCGUUUCUCAAGUGUGAUAUUGCCAUCCCUUCAAUUCACUGCGCUGUUGUUGCGAGUAUAAUCGAACACAGAGACGCCAACUUAUCUGUAAUGAAGUUCCUCAAAUGCCUUGUCAGCUGUGCAACGGAGAAGGUUAGACAAAGAUUUUACUUCUCUCUCUGGCCUUUUUGUGUCUCACAACACUCUGGUCUUGGUAUGAGGGGUAUACAGUAAAAUCCCGCGACUAGGAACCUGAUUUUUAACCCUUUAAGCCCUAAGAGUGAUCAGCAUGGUCAAAGCUUUGUAAAACAGGGUUCAUGAGGGACAUGAUCACAGAUGAAAAUAUUUUAUCAACUUCUCCCCACUAGGAACCAACAAAUGAGAAUUCAAAUUUUGAUCUUAGAGUUUAUAGGGUUAAGAACCUGUUAGGUUAAAAUUUGCCACUUUAUCCGCCGCUAUACAAGAACCUGUUAAGCCUAAAAUGUGAAACAGGGUCUUAUUUUCUAAAAUCUACAAAAAAAAUCCUGUACGCUUGGGCAAAUAAGAUAAGUCAACAUUCUGAAUCCUCUUUAGAGGUGUCUUAUCACUCCAACUGCAGUGUAAUAGUAUGGAACUACUCAGCUCGUUUAGUUUUUUGCUAUUCUGAGUAGUCUUUUGCCUAAUUUAUGUUAAUCAAUUCUCGUUUUUCGUAAACGUUUGUUAAUUUGGCAAAUAAAAUGUUUGCUUGUUGUUGUUUUACAGAAGGAACUAGUAGUAAUUGCAAAUUAAGGGAGUCCGAUAGUGAUUACACUGGACUAUUCACGUGAAUUUUGUGCAAAUGAGGCUAAACCACUGACGCAAAACAUAGAUGCUAGUUCCUAGCCGAGAAAAAGUCCCUGAAAAGUCUUCAACGCGGAUAAAAGUGCGUCCGUUAUUGAGAAAAGUUUCAUGAGAGACGCAGAUUAGGAAUGCAUCCUUUAAUUUUUUUCUUUCAGAAAAUAAGAACCUCUCUAAGAACCUACAUAGCUUAAUUUCUGCCUAUUACCAUUUAUGUAAGAACGUGUUGCGGGUAACUUGGGAAAAUGCUGGUUUUAACUCGCGGCUUUUUUAUUAAGUGUACAACUGAUCGUUUGUAUCGUAUAUUCUGUAGUUUGCAAUGCAUUCAGUCGUCUUCUCGUCUAGCCUCCCACGCACACGUUCUGAAGGCUUAGGAAGGGUUACGAAGCCCAAAGAAGGUCUGCGUGGGAGCCUACAUCUCGUCCAUACCAUGGGGUUUGCUCUUUUUAGAAACUGGCGUGAGACCAUUCAAUAGUAAAUGCUUUAUUGAGUAGAGAUGUAAUUUUAACUGUUGAUUAUGUUUUAUGCUUAAGCAUAUCAGCAUGUGGUUGGCCUAACUGGAUUAGCUUGAAAGGCGUCUGAGCGAAUGAGACCACAACACACUUAUAGCCAGAAGUGAUUCCAUUUGCUCAGUGCUGAAACACCAGGCGCUCAGAGCUUGGAACUCACGGAAUUUUGUUUACUCUUUUCUUUAGUCACGAAAUGAUUUUCAAGAGAGAGUUUCAUUAGUGCAGCAGAUACUCGCUGUACAUGGUCAGAACAUUAUAAAUGGUAAGAGGCUGCUCUGCCUUCGUUUACCUGUUCAUAAUCAUGUCAGCUUCAAGCCUGAUCAUCCAGCUCGAAGGACCACUUGUAUAAAGGAGUUUUGAAGCUCUAUUUUUUCUUUGUUAUAUGGUCUUCCGAAAUUUUUGCGUGUACAAUCCUUUUUAGUCUUUUCAGUCUGAAUUUGUUUUCUGUAUCUUUCAGUCAACACGUUCUAGUAACAAGGUCUCUCUCGUCUUACGUUGCAUUUACUAUUAAACAAGUUAAAGUAACGCAAUACGUAAAGCUACGUAGUAAGUCACAAUAACAAUUCGUGAACUUCCCUUUUUUUCUUGCUCCCAUUAUUGACAUAUUUAACAUGACGUCCGAAUUUCUGUUUUAAGGUCUGAUUCAGGCUUGCGCAGGAGCAUUACCAUCAUACAUGGUGUUAGACGUAGCUGAAGUGCUGUGGGAAUUCAUCACCUUCUGUAGAGAGGUAAACUUGUAAUUACGACAUUCCAUUAAUCUUUGGUCCCAAACUCCUUUAAUGUGGAGUUUAUGUUAACAAUAGUCUUGCGAUCGUUUGAAUUAUGGUCAGUCAAUGAUAUUCAUCGAAUGUUGGUUUCCGUAUUGCAACCUGCUACAGACCUUUUUUCAAAGACGUUUCAGUUAGUGGGAAUUUUCUAACACCCCCGAAUUCUUUUUCAAAGAACCUGAUAUAUUAGUUCACAUACUUACUGGAGCGAAACACAUGAGAAAGCUGGUUAAUUAAACUAGGUGUCCUCGCUAAAGCUGACUCAUUCUGUAAACUAACAGUUGAGAAAAUUUGAAACAUUAUAGCUUACAUAAAUCCUAUCUAAAUGUCGGUUGUUUUAAUUUUUCCUUGAAUAAUUUAAUACAACUGUCAAAGCUGAAAUCAUGUCUCCUAUAAACUCUCUUAGGUGUCAGUAACACUGAACUUUUUUUGUUAUUAUUUUUUUGUGCUACACAGGAGACAUCCAAAUGGGUUGAACUGUCUUUGCAGUCAAUUCAAACCCAGAUUGUACCAGGCAGUGUUAUAGCCACACCUCAGCAGCUCCAAGAGUUUCAUCAAGCCAUUAUUAGGUGGGUAGCUUCAUGAGCCGGGAUCUGCUCUGCCUAUAAGCCUAUUAUUGACGGACUAUAGUACAUGGAAGUUAUAAUGGAUUCUAAUCAUAACGUUGAAGAAGUAAAGAUAGGAAUGCUAUGUACGGGAGAGGUUUAGGGUGCCAGAUUUGAACUCUUUUUCCGCGGGAUCAAAUCCUGCUCUAGUCAUCAUUAUCAAUGGUGAUGAUAAUAACAGCGAGAAAUGAUUGAAUGCGCAAACGAAAACGCUCCCUCCUUUCCAUGGAGGGUUUUUUGUUUCCGUUUUUUUUUUCUUCUUCUUUUUUUUUGUAGUGAGAAAUGCUUUGUCUUAGUUUGUGAUAUGUAUUCCAAGUGAUUUUAGGUUUUGGUUUAAAAGGAUGUUUUUUCUUCUUUUCGCAAGUAAAAGUGAAACGUUGUGUUCCUGUGUAAAGACAGCAGCAUUGAAACUUCUUACAUGUUCUUCCGCUAAAGACGGUCUGGGUAAUUUAGGUUCCUAAUUUCCGCAACAUUUCCAGUUUGUAUGUUGUUCUUUUCAGAUCUUCCAACCAAGAUGCUGUUUGGAAAGCAUCGAAGCGCUUUUCUCGACUGUUUAGGUGA